CAGCGACUUGUGACAGUAGUAGUAGUGAACCACAAUGCUCUACCCCACCGCCUCAUCCACCGAGACUUUCUGCCUGCUAACCAUCACCAAUCGUGGCUAUUACCUCACCUUCCUCGAUUCAUCACCUUUCUACUUGUGCAACGCUGAACUUGACCCUCUCCCUUAUUUCGCCUAUUCACACACCUACUAUACCUCUUACGCCUACAUUUCCCGCUCAUCCGGCUCGCACCGCCCAGCCCCUUCCGCAAGUCGAUCCUUGGGACUUGCAUUCAACGAUUCGACACCCGCACAUCGCACAGCAUCACUCUGUUCCCAUCGCUACACGGCGAGUGAAGUGCCGCCACAGUGUCGCAGCACCUGCAUCGCGUCAUCGACGAGGCAGACUGAACGCGUGUACGCACCUGUGUAGCUGUCGCCGCCAUGAACGUCUCGAGUGGAAGUCACUGGUUCAGAUCCACAGUGUCUGCAGCAGACAGUCUAUAUCUGGUUCCAACACCGGUCAGCACACCAUGGUACCAUACACCAUCGGAACGCUUGGUGCCAUUCAUGACGGACAAGUACUUCUCCGUCUUGGGCCCCGUCGUGCUCUACUGGCUGGCAUCAGGUUGGUUCGCCUUCCUGGACUACAUCCAGCUACCCUUCUUUGAGCAGUAUAGGUUGCACGAACCCGAAGAGGUGACGUCGAGGAAUCGAGUGGGCCCUUGGAAAGUGGCGGCCAUGGUCAUGCUUCAGCAUGCCAUACAGGUCGGCCUAGGCGCCAUGGUGCUGGAUGGCAGUCAGUCUGCGAUUGAGAACGCCAGAGAUCAUCAAGAGGGAAUGAGGGACAUUGCCGCCUACGUGUCCAGCGCUGCGCUCGGCUUGUUGGGUAAUUCAACUGGUCUCAGCUUCUUGAAAGUGGCGGGUCCUUCGACAGUCCACUUCAUCUACUGGUGGGGCAUUCCAGUCGUUCAAUUUUGGUGGGCUUUCUUUGUGAUGGAUGCUUGGCAGUACGGACUGCACCGCUUGUUUCACGAAAGCAGAUUCCUAUAUCGCCACUUUCACUCGCAUCAUCACCGCCUUUACGUUCCGUACGCUUACGGAGCGCUGUACAAUCAUCCACUAGAAGGUCUGCUGUUAGACUCUGCCGGCGCCGCGCUCGCGCACGCCGCAGCGCUGAUGACGAUCAGACAGGGAGUCGUGCUGUUCAUGUUUAGCACUUUCAAAACUGUCUGCGAUCACGGAGGAUACGCAUUCCCGCCAUGGCUUGACCCUCUGCACCUCCUCUUCCCUAACUGCGCCGAGUAUCACGACGUGCAUCAUCAAAUGCAAGGCCUCAAGUACAAUUACUCUCAACCUUUUUUCGUUCACUUUGACACCGUAUUUGGAACGAGGAUUUCAAAGGAAAAAUUCGACAAGCUCAAAGCGCUCGGCAAGGAAAAGAAAGGUACUUGGGGCAAAGACGCGAAGGCGGCAAGUGCGUCGUCCACGGCACUCAAGGACCCUCAUGCUGCCGAGGACUUGAGACGAAGGCGAGGAGAGAAGAAUGACGGCCAGCACGAUCUACCGCCGGAAGAGGCUGUUGAACUGUUCGGUGGGGAUCCGCUCGUCACGACGAAUGCGGUAGAGUACGCAGCCAAGGCUGGUACCACAGUCUCAUAAGACAAGCCUUGCGCGGUUCGCACGCCACACUUCGUUCUUGCCCGAAAUCAUCGUAGUCUCCGGACACCUUGCCACACGUGCACACGCUCUUCUAUAAUCAUACCUGAUGCAUAUCUUCGUGGUUGCGCUCACGCACUGCUGCUGUGUUGGCCGAUGUUUCGCAAUGUAUGCGCCUCUUUC